UAUCGGUGACCCCUGGUGAUGACCCCGCCUCGUUUUCGUUCGCCCCCCGAACUACACAAACAUGGAGAGAGAUCGCAGCUCGCUGCAGAAGCCCGUAGUUUAAAAACUUUGUGAUUUUUUUCCUUCGAAGCGAUGCAGGCGGACCAGGAAAGGAAGGAGGCGUCGGGGCCGUGUGAGUUCGUCGUCCCAGCCGGUGUGAGAGAGCAGUUGAUGGCGGCGAAGCAGCGGGUAGAGACGCUAUUCAGAGUGACCGUGCUUCUGCUGAGCGUUUCGUCGGCGGAACCCACGACUUCCUCCAACCAGUGGGUUCGGGUAGAGGGCGAGAAAGAGCGCCAGCUUCGCGCUAAGCCACGGAAACAAGGAAGUAUUCUCCUGCAAGGGGAUCGCUCUGGCUGUGGACUACUUUAUCAAGAGGGGACACCGCGACAUCACCGUCUUUGUACCUAACUGGAGAAAGGAAGCGUCAAGACCUGAACAACCAAUCGCUGAACAACAGAUCCUGGACAAGCUGGAGAAAGAUAAGAUCCUAGUCUACACACCUUCAAGACGCGUGGCGGGGCGGAGAGUCGUCUGCUACGACGACAGGUUCAUCUUGCGCCUUGCCAACGAGACGGACGGAAUCAUCGUCUCCAACGACAACUACCGGGAUCUCCAGACGGAGAAACCCGAGUGGAAGAAAAUUAUAGAGGAGAGACUUCUGAUGUACUCUUUUGUUAAUGACAGAUUCAUGGUGCCAGACGACCCUCUAGGGCGGUACGGUCCGACCCUCGACAACUUCCUAAGGAAGAAGCCAACAGCUCCAGAAAAGAAGGCUCCCCCAUGCCCUUAUGGCAAGAAGUGCACCUAUGGCAACAAGUGUAAGUACUACCACCCCGAGAGGGGGAACGUGCCCCAGAAGUCAGUGUCAGAACAGAUCAUGGAGGAUGGCAAGAACCGAGUCAAGGCGCUACACAAGAGGGCGUCGCUCUCUAACGUCAAGGACGUAAAGAAAGACACGCCGAGAGUACGGGAUUCGAGAAAGCUCGGGACGGAGACCGCAUCUCCUAGCAACCUUCCCGAAGAGACUCCGACGUUGUACGCGAACUUAAGCACGGAAUCAAAACCUACGAACGUAGAGAAAAGCAGCAAACAGGCAGUUGUAGAGAAACCGGUCGGCGGCGACCGCGAACUGAAACCAAAGUCCACAAGAAAGGAAACCCCGGUUUCCCUAGACACUAAAGACGUCUUCCAAGGUGACGAGAGUGUCUCCAUGCCUCCUCAGAUGCAUCGACAGGUACAAGACGUCUCGGCCGCCCCGUUCAUGUCUUGGCAGGGCCCUGCGAGGCCACACCCUGCUCACAGCCCCCAAGCCAUGCACUCGUACCACGGGUCUGCACGGGAUGUGAUGAGUGCUGACCCUAACGCUCAGUGGAACAGACCACCACCCCAGCCCCAGCAGCAGCCGAUGUAUGCCCGUGACCCCCGUGACCCCCGUAUGCAGCAGUACAGCCGUCCGUACGAUCCCAUGAUGCAGCAGCAGCCGUACCCAGACUACUCCAUCAACACCUUCUACUCCAGCCCGGAGCCGGGGCGGGACCACCUGAGUCAGGAGAUGAGCAACAUGACGCUACGCGAUGCCACCAGCCUCCCGCCUGAGAGCGGAUACAUCUCCGGCAGGCACGGCAGCUGGGACAUGUACCAGCACUACCACAGCCAGCCUGGUGUCCACAGCCUCCAACAUCAGCCCCCUACGGACCCUUACCGUGACCCCCGCGGGGGCGGCUCACACCCCUUCCAGUACACUCGCCAGUCCAGCACCUCGGAACCCCAGCUGUUCCACGAUCCACACAUGCGUCAGCGCGGCCCUGUCUACAACAACGGUCAGCAGAACAACCUGAACUAUGGCGUGACGUCUUCACAACAUCAUCACCACCAACUCCGCAGUCGAGCCAUGCCUGCUAACAUCCCACCAGAGUAUGACAGCUACUGGCACCACGGGCACACAAAUAUGCAGCCCGCUCAGUACGGCUACCCUGCAAACGUUCAACCGCGAGAGCAGUACCCUAUGAAGUCAAAUCCCGACGAUGCACCGAUCAUGCAAGACGACCCUCGCUAUCGCAUCUACGUCAACCUGAGCAGUGUGUUCCAACCGGACAAGGUUCGUCAGGUGCUGAACCGGUACCCGCACGAGAGGGACCCGUCCAAAAUCAGUCAAAUCAUCGUGGACAUGCAGGUGUUGAAGAAUUAGAAGAAACGUUUCAUUGUGUUGUAACACUGCAUGGUAUUGUUGGACGUUGAGAAGGUUUCGUUGUAACACCAAUGGCAUGCAUGGUGUUUUUGGACAUUGAGAACUGUACAUGUAAUGUGGAGGUGGCUAUGGGCUACAGUACUUGCAAGUGUUGAAGAGUUAAAAAGAAGGUUUCACUGUAAACAUGGCAUGCAUCCAUGGUAUUUUCAGACAUGAGAACUGUCCUUGGCAUGUAUAGUGUUGAGGGUGGCUACAGGUGAAAACUACCAUUGGCACAGAUUGGUACAGUCCAUCAGGGCUCGAAAUAUACAAAAUAUAUGGCCACCUGCAGAAAAAAGUUACGAGAUCACACAAAAAUAUACCAGACAACAACUUGCAACUUUGCAGCUAGGCUAAACAUUCUAGUCUGCUGUAACUGUUACAGCAUGUUUGCUGCAAUUGAAUCACAUAUUGCAAGAAAGGAACUAUCUGAGCCCUGCAGAGGAUGUAUGGGCAAGUUUCAAAUGACAAAAAAUGAUGACAUUUUUCCAUUGAGUGAUGAGUAACACUUCUACUGGUGUGUUGACAACAGGCCAUGUCAUGGCGAAAUGGUUACUUAGCAACUAUGUGGUUGCUUAGCGUGGUUGCUUAGCAACUGUGGUUGCUUAGCAACAGACUGCUUUAGUUUGCCUUAAAGGGGAUGUCAAGUAGAAACUUGAAGACUUUUAGGAGCGUCUGCAUUCAAGAACUUCAUGUACACUAUAAUCGGCAUGAAAGAUCUUACCCACCCCAACAUUUGGGAUGGUUUGACCCAUGCUGGUGUCUGUGUGUUACACUUCUUCAGGCUGUCCACCCCCGUGUAAUGUGUGGUACAGUCCAGAGGCUGGUGAUCUUUGUCUUUUGAGCUGACAACUUUCCGUGAUAUCUAAA